AUGAGUCUCCAAGCCCUACGCCGAUUCGGGGUGAGCGCUGCACCCCGUCGCGAAGGUCUGGCAGAUGACACAACUGGCUCUAAACCCAUCGCAGCCUCGUGGAUGUACCUCUCGGAUGAUCAAAAGUACGAUACGAUCCCGUCGGCUUGGAACUCAAUCAACUUCAAAGUCGUCGACUAUCUCUAUGUGGGGCCACUUGGGGUCCAGGAGGACGGAACCUUUGGGAUUUACAACUCGAGUGCAACAGGACCGCUCGCCCACCGACUCAAGUGGACAAUCAAGACAGCGCGCGAGCAGAACCCAGAUAUCAAGAUCAUUGUCUCUCAGUGGUGGGGCAGCGGAGCUCACAGUUGGGGUGAGGCGUUGUCGGCUCUUAAGAACGACGAGAAUGUCGACAAAUACACGACUUCAGUCAAGACGUUCAUGGAACACUGGAAAGAUGUGAAUGGCUACGACAUCGACUACGAGUCGAAUAACGUUGUUGACAGGGUUCCAAUGGUUCUAUCACAGAUACGAAACAAACUUCAAAGUAUUGAAGGGCGGAAGUUCGUCGUGACUGUUUCACCGUCCGUGACAACAAACCUCGACAAAGCAAAAGCAUCCUUGGACUAUGUCAACUUGCAGACCUAUGCCGGCGGCAUUUCCUUGACGCCGCAGCAGUUCGUGGACCUGGGCUUCAAGGCAGAGCAGCUGCUCUACGGCAUCUGCGCCGAGUCUGGUUGUCAGAGUCCGUCCCUGGUAGAAGUGAAGAAGGCUUACACAAAAGGACACUUGACAGGUAUCCACAUGUACCGUCUGAACUCUGGAAACUAUGGGGAAGAAGGGCAGAAUCUCAAUAAAACCCAGGCACUGUGCAAUAAGUUCGACGCAAAUAUGCGUACAACCUGUUUGAGCCUGCUGCUCUCCGGCGCUGUAGCCCACGAGCAGCUGCAGCACUCCUUCGCUGCUUCGGAUAUAUGUUACUGGAGUCCUCUACUAAGCGACACGACAUCCUCCUUCUGCCAGGCCAGCCUCUUGCGCAAAUUCCGACCUGCAGCCUCACCAGAUUCCCGCAGUCGAAAGAAUGCCACCCAGGGCACGACCUACCCAAAUGUAUGGGAAGGCCCAUCACACUGCUGGGAGGGGCUCUGCGUUUACAGCAACAAGGGCUUCGCCGGGGGAAUCGUCCUCGUAACCACACCGUCCAACGCCGACAAGGUCAAGCAGAUCACGCAGAACUACCAACCGUCCUCCUCCCACAAGCCCUCAGGGGACGCAGACACCCGGCCGCCGCCACCCUACAGGGCAGCACACAUCCCCGGCAAGGGCACGGGCCUCGUGGCCACGCGCCGCAUCGAGAUCGGCGAGCCCAUCAUGGCGCAGCUGCCCGCCGUGCUCGUCCACCGGAGCUUCUUCGCCGGCGGCGCCGCGGGCGCCUUCUCGCGGGCGGGCCACGCGCGCAUCCUCGCCGCCGCCGUCGACGAGCUGCCCGCGCCGCGGCGGGCGCUGUUCGCGAGCCAGGCGGCGCAGCCCGGCGGCGACCGGUACACGAGCAUCAUGGUGACCAACUCGUUCCAGAUGGACCUGGGCGGCGGCGGCGGCGGCGAGGAUGACAGGGACCAGGGGGCGGGCCACCACUUCGGCAACUUCCCCGAGGUGUCGCGCCUGAACCACGACUGCCGGCCGAACCUCAUCUUCCGCAUCGCGCCGGACACGAUGGCGCACGGGACGUACGCGACGCGGCCCGUCGCGGCCGGCGAGGAGCUGAGCAUCUCGUACAUCGACCUGUUCCUGCCGCAGGCGGAGCGCCGCGCGCAGCUGCAGCUCUCGUGGGGGUUCCGGUGCUCGUGCGCGGCGUGCACCGGGCGGGACAUCAACAACAAACCCCCGGGAGGUGGUGCGGCAGUCGCGCGUGAUCACCACGAGGAGGAAGAGCAAGAGGAAGAUACUGAGGAGUACGAGGACGACGAGGCGGCGAUCGCGAGGUCCGACAGCCGCCUGCGCGAGAUCGAGCGGCUCGAGGCGCAGCUGUCGGACCUGCAGAGCGCCAACAUCACGCCCGCCGUCGUGGACCGGCUCGUGCACCUGUACGAGCGGGAGCGGCUCGACGCCAAGGCCGCGGGCGGGUGGACGGUGGCGGCCAUGAACUACGCCAUGCUGGGGCAGGAGGACAAGGCGCGCAGGCUGGCGGGGAUGGCGGCGCGGGCGGUGGCGCUCGAGUACGGCGAGGACGCGCCGGACGCGGUGGUGAUGCGGGACCUGGCGAGGAACCCCAAGGGCCACUGGACGUGGAACGCGCGGGUGGGGAGGAAGGCAUGA